AUGCCGCCUAAAGUACCCACAAACCACGGAGGCCAAGGCCGAAAAUACACAGAUGAUUUGGACAGCAACGAGGAAGGAGGGCCUGACGGCGGUCCUGUGGAGGAGGAAGGUUGGUUUGGGAAUGCUUCUGACACACGCUCAGAGUCAUCAUCCUAUGGAGACACCCAGGAUGAGCUCCUCUUGCCAAGGGGUUCCUCUCCUGAUGAGCGGCCUGGCGUCAGCGCUGGGUCUGGGGAUCAAGAUACCUGUGGAGGUGAGAGCUCACUGGGUUGCCCCACACCCGUCCGUCGUGCCUCUUUGGAACUUCUUGGACUGGAUGGAGGUGCAUUCUCGGCCCAGGACACACUCUCCUCUGUGGUAUCAUCACUGUACGGCGAGGCAGCAUCUCGUGCCCUUGGAAAACCCCUCAGCAGCAACCUACGGCGCCUCCUAGAGGCUGGGUCGCUGAAACUUGACACAGGGGAGCUCCUGGGUCGGUCAUCGAGGGGAGGUGCAGGGGGGGAGUCCCCUCCAAUAGGUCUAGCCCCACCUUUGACCCUCUCCCCGUCUUCCCACCAUGCCCAGCAGUUAAGUGCUCUUGCCCGUAAACUGGCCAAUAACAACAACAACAGCGGCUCAGCCUCACCAGCCUCCUUGGCCCCCUCAGUCACUAACAUUAAGCAAGAGCCCCUUGACCCUUUUAACUCUGUCACCCCAAGCAAUGGAAGUGGCUUUGUAUGGGCAGGUGUUGCAGAUAAGUGGCCGCCGGCCAGCUGCUCCACACCCUGCGGCUCAAGCCUGUCUCCGGACUCUGCAAUCCAGAAGUUAAAAGCAGCAGCGAAUGCUGUCCUUCAAGACAAGAAUGCCGUGGCCUCCUCCUCAACAACUUCUUCCUCCUCCUCCACCUCUGCCUCAUCUGCAGUGCCCACCCUCGGAGGGGGUGGUCGAGGAGAUGAUGUGGUGCGCUUUGAUGCCUUCAACUCUCCGUUUAGCCCACAGUCAGCCAGCUCCACCCUAGCUGCACUUUCCAAGAAAGUCAGUGAGCGGAGCCAAGCCUCGUCAACAGCCAGUGCUGCUACUGACCACCAAGCCUCAGCAAGUUCCUUUCUCUCACUCGUGUCAAUGACCUCCUCUGCUGCCUUGCUCAAAGAGGUGGCAGCCAGAGCAGCGGGCAACAUGCUCGCAGAGAAGAAGGAGGGGUCCCCUUUGGUGAACGCUGGGGUCCUCCAAGAGGAUGUGAAACCCCUGCUGGACAAGAACCAGAAGGCACCCACGCCAUCUACACCCACGCAGAGCCUAGAGUUGUUGUUGCCCUCGACUCCAAAAAACAGAGGCAAACCCAACAGCCAAUCAGGCUCUCCUGAGGAUGGUGGCAAACCAUUCCAGUGUCCUGUGUGUGGACUGGUCAUCAAACGCAAGAGCUACUGGAAGAGACACAUGGUCAUCCACACAGGCUUGAAAAGCCACCAGUGUCCCCUGUGUCCCUUCCGCUGUGCUCGCAAAGACAAUCUUAAGUCCCACAUGAAGGUACAUCAGCACCAGGACCGAGGUGAGACGUUUCAGUGCGAACUUUGCCCUUUUACUUCUUCCCGUCACUUCAGCCUGAAGCUUCACAUGCGCUGCCACCAGCACUUCCCCCGCACAGACGUCAAGGUGAAAGAGGAGCUCACUACCGACACGGAGGGCGAGGGUUCCGUGAUGGGUGACAGCGGCUCUGCAGACAUGAGAGGGACGGAGGUGUCCCCGCUGCACUCAGACAACCAGCAGCAGACGUCGCCUCCAGUCGAGGUUUCCUCCAAUCAUGUCCACAUCAAGGAGGAGCCAUACGAGAGAGAGCUGUCUGUGCUCUCCCCCUUCAGCAUCUGCAGGGAACGUCCCAGCAGCAGUGCCAACUCUCUGGACCUGCCUGGAGUUGGUGUAGGAGUCGGGGUCCGGUCCAGUCCUAGUGGUCCAACCACAGCCUCCCUCUUUAGCCCUGACAUCACUACCAAAACGGCCACUGACCUGCUUAUGAAGCUAUCAGCGGCCAACCAGAGGGAGACGUUGAAAUCUCCAUUCCACUUGAAGGAAGAGCCCAAAGUGGAGGAAGCAUUGAGCCCCAGACCAGCCUCCCGGUCGCAGAGCCAGAUCCAGCCUAGCUUCCCUGUGACAUUCUGCCAGGACGGGUCAACGGGGGCAACAGCAGCUGCAGAGCGCCCAGGGCCGCUGAAACCAAGGGAAGGAAGCCCCCCGGCUAAGAACAGCUUGCUGAGCCAGGAUAUCAACGUUAAGGUGGCCUCUGAGUUGCUGAUGAAGCUUUCAGAGAGCAACAAAGAUGCCCAGUACCAGAAGGUGAAAGUAAAGGUGGAGCCCAUGGAAGUGGACCCACCCCCUGCAGAACUCACCCCACCUGCCUCUCACCUGCUGGCCUUCAGCACUUUAGGGGCGAGUGAGAAGAGUGAGCCUAUGACGAACCUACCCGAGACGUUGACCCGCCCCCAGAAAGACCUCUUCUCCCAGGACAUAUCGGUCAAAAUGGCUUCCGAACUUCUGUUCAAACUGUCAGAAAAAGUCAGCAAAGCCAACAACCAUAAAGACAGUAACAUGGUGGGAAUAAACAGUCCGUUCCUGGACGAGUGCUUCAGACAAUCACCCUUUAACUCGCGCUCCAAGAGCUCUUCCCCCGCAGAGGCCAGCUCCUCUACCAGGGCAGCAUUCCAUGACUCAGAAAAAGAUGACGGGGAGCCGGGAAACGGAAUUGCCCAGUGGAGACUAAGUGAACAGCUCUUCCCUUGUCCUGUCUGUGGCAAAGUGUUUGGUAGACAGCAGACCCUUUCUAGACAUCUGUCUCUACACACAGAAGAGAGGAAGUACAAGUGUCACCUGUGUCCUUACGCAGCCAAGUGCAGGGCUAACCUCAAUCAGCACCUGACCAUCCACUCUGUCAAGCUGGUCAACACAGACACUGACCAGAUCGUCAGCGCUGUUACAGCCGACUCAGCCGAGCGCAAGAACUGCCCAUACUACUACAGCUGCCAUGUGUGUGGUUUCCAGACGGAGCUGAAUGCCCAGUUUGUCGGCCACAUGUCGCUCCAUGUGGACAAGGAGCAGUGGAUGUUCUCACUGUGCUGCAACGUCUGUGACUACGUCUGCAUGGAGGAGAACGACAUGAAGAACCACAUUAGUACUGGACAUGCAGGUCUGAACUCAAGGAGUCCCCUCAGCGAGACCAAGAGCACCUCCUCGUCCCUCUCGGCCCUCAGCGAUUCACUCAACAGCUCCGAGGGCGGAGACCUCACCCACGGUAACGAAGAACUCAAGAGCCUGCUAGCCCCGCCCUCCUCCGCAGGCAGCCAGUCCAGCUCCGGAAGCCACUCGGGAUCAGGAACUGAGGACAAGUCUGACAAAGGCUUCGAGUGUGUCUUCUGCAAUUUUGUGUGCAAGACGCGUAGCAUGUAUGAGCGGCACCUCCAGAUCCACCUCAUCACACGGAUGUUUGAGUGCGACGUCUGCCACAAGUUCCUCAAGACGCCCGAGCAGCUGCUGGAGCACAAGAAGUGCCACACCGUCCCCUCCGGAGGGCUCAAGUGCCCUUUCUGCAUCUACUCCACCAAUCGUCCAGCGGCCAUGGAGUGCCACCUUAAGACGCACUGUAAGAUGGAGUACCGCUGCCGCAUCUGCCAGGGACUGUGGCCCAACCAGGCCUCAUUGGAGGCCCACAUGCGCGGGCACCGCCUGGGCAACCACUACAAGUGUGAGCAGUGUGGCUACUUGUCCAAGACGGCCAAUAAGCUGAUCGAGCAUGUGCGUGUGCACACGGGCGAGCGGCCCUUCCACUGCGACCGCUGCUCUUAUAGCUGCAAGCGCAAGGACAACCUCAACCUGCACAAGAAGCUGAAGCACGCGCCGCGCCAGACUUUCGGCUGCCAAGAGUGCCCUUUUACCACCACACACCCCUUUGUCUUCAGCCGCCACCUCAAGAAACACCAGAGUGGAGGAGCAGGGGGACUGGACGGAGGUGGAGGAGGAGAAGAGGAGGAGGAAGAUGAGGAGGCAGGAGAGGAGGAGCUGCAACUUGAGGGAACAUCACCAGGGGGCUUGUCAGCGCGGAGGAGCCAGGACAACUUCCUCUUCAGCGGAGGAGGAGGAGGAGGAGGAGGAGGAGGAGGGAGCAGUGGAGGGAGUGGGAGCAACAGCCCCCUCAUGAGUCUAACAGCAUCGCAGGCGCUGCAGUCUGUCGCUCUGUCACUCAAACUGGGCAAGUCCCACCAGCUGGACGCCACCAGCGCUCUGCACCGCUUGGUCAGCACUAACGGCAACGACACCACCAGAAACCCCGCCAGCCUGAGCAGUGGCAGCCCCUCCCUCUUCCUCCCCUCCUCCCGCCACGUCUUCGAGCAGUACAGGAACUGUGACCGGGCGCACCUGAUUCCCCUCACCACCCUGUUCACCCAUAACAGCCGCUUCACAUUCCACUCGCACCUCCACUCCAGAUGGCGGCCCGCCACAUCUCCUCUCCUCUUCUCCUCCAACCCGGUGUCCCCCUCCCUUUCUCCUCCCUCACCCGCCUCCCACAAACACUCCUUCCUGGCCUACCUGGGACUGAUGGAGAGGGCCAAGACUGUUUGACCUCGCCCACCUCCUCUCCUCUCCUCCCCCUCCCCUCACUCCUCGGACGGUGGUGUGAAUGACACUUGACCACUGCAGUGGGAGCAACAUCUUUUCCAAUCAGACCAGCAGAAUAAGCUGGACCAGACAAACAUAUUGCAGAAAAGAAAAAAAAACAUUUAUAUGAGAAAAAGGCUGUACAUGCUAAAAAAUGCAUUUAUAUCAAAAAGCUGCUUUUCUUAUCAGUUCUAUCAAUUGAAUUAUUACUACUUCAACUACUACUCUCUAUUACCUUUUUUUGUUUUCUGUUUUUAAACGUCUGAAUGACUUGGACCCAGUUGCAUUACCUGAGGAAACUAACGUAUCUCAGUUUUAUAGAUAUUUUUCUUUAGUCGUUUGACAAGAUAAAAAGUUGAAAAAGACGAAACAAAACUUGCAAGUGCUAUAUUUUAGUGCAUUUUUGUCUAUUGCUAUUAUGCAUCGAAAUAGCAUGCCUGUUUCUGUGUUUCAACUAGCUUUGACGUCAUUAGGAAGCUAAAUUCGAAAUAUCCUGAAGUGUUAGCGGUGCGACGUGGACAGAACCAAUGAAACGGAACGCUUUUCAUUGAUAAAGGCUCGUUUCCAAAGCAACGCCUCAAACCACGCACUUACUUAUUUAUCAAUCUUGUACAUAGUUUUGUAGCCCUUCCCCUUCCCAUCUUUUUUUUUGAUUUCUGUUGUUUUUUUUGUAUAAUGGUGAAACCAUAUUAUGCAUAGCUGCUGCCUGAUGCCACUUCUGUCUCAGAAUACUGUAAAUGUUAUUUUAAUGGUUUACUAGCUAAUUUGAAUCCUUUUUUUUUUUCCUUUUUAAUCUCACAGAAGCAAACAGAAAAUAAGCUGUCAUCGUGUAAAUAUGGAAAGUAUUUAAUCUGACCAAUCAUGACAACAAAGAUAAAUUUAUUAAUAUGAAUUUACCUGAUUUGAAUAAUAGAUGUUAAAAUGUUACGUAAUGUUUUUUGCACUCCCAGGCGAAUAAGCAACGAAAUCCUACGAAUAACAAGAAGUAAAAAUUCAUUCAUUAUUUCUGGGACCAGGUGGGUAUCAGUGCAGCAUCGUAUGCAGAACUAUGUAUCACGCACCUAUACUUAGAAGAGAUAUAUGAGAUAACUGUUUUGUGGAGGUGACCAGCUCUGGGUUAGCGAGCUUACCCACAAGCAAGGGUCACCACAGGCCGAUUCAAUGGUGCUUUUUGGAGCUUUUUGUAAUUUUUGUGUACAAAAAAAAAGAAAAAAACUGUUCCAAAAUGACUUGAAUGAAUGUAUUUUUGUUUAUGUACAUGAAAAAGAAGUGAUACAGAAGUGUGAACAGAGAACGUCUUCUGUGCUGGUAAAGACGGGGAAAGUUAGUGUGUUUGGUGGCCUUCUGUGUCUUUUUGUUUUUUUUGUUUUUGUUUCAUUUUUUUUAUUUUAUUUUUUUUACUUUUUUUACUGAGCCUUUUACAUCAUAAUAAAACUUUUUCUACUAACAUUCAUAGAGAACCCAUUGUGAGGAAAAAAAGCUCCUGUAGGUGCAAUGAUGAAGCAAAGCCAUUCACUUGUACAGCAUUGUGUUCGAUGGCACUGGCUUCUGUUAAGGCCGGCAGACAUGGUAC